AUGGAACUUCUCAGCCCUUCCAAGAAGAAGGAUCGAUCCCAGAACGUCACAGAGAAAGUCACCCAGGUUCUUUCCCUGGAGUCCGACGUGCUGCCGGAACACAAACUCCAAGUCCCGGAGACGACGUGGUGGAUCUUGCUCCACUACAGCCCCUUCAAGGCCUUCUGGGACUGGAUCAUCCUUCUCCUGGUGCUCUACACGGCAGUGUUCACGCCAUACUCGGCGACGUUCCUCUUGGCCGAACACGGCGACGUGCGUCAGAGGAUCUGCGGCUACACGUGCAACCCGCUCAACGUGGCCGACCUGAUGGUGGACGUGCUGUUCAUCGUGGACAUCGUCAUCAACCUGCGUACCACCUACGUGGACCGUAACGACGAGGUGGUGACGCAGCCCGGCCGGAUCGCCAAGCACUACAUCAAGGGGUGGUUCUUCAUCGAUCUCUUUGCGGCCAUCCCUUUCGACCUUCUCAUUUUUAGGUCCGGCUCUGACGAGAUGGCGACCUUAACAAGUCUGCUGAAAACAGCUCGCUUGCUGCGCUUGGUCCGCGUGGCGAGAAAGCUGGACCGCUAUUCCGAGUACGGCGCCGCCGUUCUCUUCCUGCUCAUGUGCACGUUUGUGCUGAUCGCCCACUGGCUGGCCUGCAUCUGGUACGCCAUCGGCUUUGUGGAGAGGCCCUACACGGAGACGGGUUGGCUGGACAACCUGGCCGAACAACUGGGCAAGACGUACAGCGACAACGACUCCAGCUCCGGCCCGUCCGUCAAAGACAAAUACGUGACGGCUCUCUACUUCACCUUGAGCAGUCUGACCAGCGUCGGCUUCGGGAACGUCUCUCCCAACACGAACUCGGAGAAGAUCUUCUCCAUCUGCGUCAUGGUCAUCGGCUCUCUUAUGUACGCCAGCAUCUUCGGGAACGUGUCGGCCAUCAUCCAGCGGCUCUACUCGGGGACCACUCGCUACCACACCCAAAUGCUACGUGUCAAAGAGUUCAUUCGCUUCCACCAAAUCCCCGUUAGCCUACGCCAGCGACUUGAGGAAUACUUCCAACACGCGUGGUCCUACACAAACGGCAUCGACAUGAACGGCGUGAGUUCUACUCGAUGGUAAUUACCCGAGGAGUUCGCGUCACGGUGGUCUUCUCCUCCGCAGGUCUUGAAGGGCUUCCCGGAGUCCUUGCAAGCGGACAUCUGUCUGCACUUGAACCGAUCUCUGCUGCAGACGUGCAAGGCUUUCCGCGGAGGCAGCCAGGCCUGUCUCCGAGCCUUGACCACGAGGUUCAAGACGGUCCACGCGCCUCCGGGCGACACCCUCAUCCACUGUGGAGACAUCCUCGACUCGCUCUUCUUCAUCUCGCGAGGUUCCAUCCAGGUCAUCAGGGACGAUGGGGCGGUCGCCAUACUAGAGAAGGAUGACAUCUUCGGGGAGCCCAUCCACCUUUACGACGAGCCCGGGAAGUCAAAUUCCGACGUGCUGACGAUCACUUACUGCGACCUGCACCGGAUUCGGAGAGACGACCUGCUGGAGGUUCUGGAUGUCUACCCCGGCUUUGCCGACAACUUCUGGCGGAACCUGGACUUGACCUUUGACCUCAGGGAUGUAAGUUUGGGAAGAUUUCACCAGGCAGAUCAAGCGGCGCCGACAUUAACUGACGAUUCAGGGGACGACAGCGAUUUCCGUCACAGGUCGAGACGCAAAAUCCACUCUCUGGACUGCAGGAUCAGACCAGAUGGAAUGGAUCACGAGGAUCCCCACCCUCUUCAGUCCUGCCGCCAUCGCUGCUCUCCGCCCCAAGCCCGCUGGGAAGACGCUUGUAGCUGCGGAUCCCAGUGUUCCCAGUCCAGCGAGGACUUGACGAAACCUCUGGCUCAGGGCGCCCAAGUGGACUUUUACCCCUCCAAAGAAGGAAGACGGGAAUACGCCCCCUCGGAGGUGCAGCUGCUACAUCCCGGCGGCGCUUCAGUGGACCAGAAUCGUCAAGCGUCAUCUUUAAACGUGCCAGAAAUGUUGCACUACUGGACAGAUCGACGACCUCAACAGUCGUCCGGUCGGGCCUGGCGAUCAUCUUCGGUCCGCGACUCGUACCAUCCGCCACCUUUCAUCGAAGAGCGACCCAGCGAGCUCGAGUCUCAACUGGAAGUUUUGCAUUCACAGCUCAACAGAUUGGAGACGCGCAUGACGGCCGACAUCAACGUCAUCCUCCAGCUUCUCCAACGGCAGAUCGCUCCCGUCCCUCCGGCUUACAGCACCGUGUCAUCUCGGACACUCUCCACUGACUCCACGGGCCUUUACGGCGGCGGGACGCCGGUUCUGCACGCAAUGUACCCCGUGGCUCCCUCGCAGAUCGACAGCCCGACCUCCACCCACUCCGAUAUGAAAUUCACGGCAUCCGGCGGAACCCCCGAAACAGAUCACGGUUCAACCACGGCACGGCCGCCGCAUCCCGUGAACCGGGCCACGGGUGCCUCGCAACGUUACCCGUCGCUACCCGACAACCUGGACGUUACCUCAGGACUGUCUGAGAUCCAGAAACAUCUCUCAGAGCCCGUACUUCCUAACAAAACAGGCACUCGGCAGGGCAUUUGAAGCCGAAUGGACACGGCUAGCAAUAAAAAACAAUCACAUAUUAGGUGACAAAAAGGAUGAACGCUGUUUGGAUCGU